AUUGUUUUCGUGAGUAUAACUAGGUACAUAUCUGUAUACUAUAAUCCCGCCUAUGUAAUUAUCAUUAUCGAAAUCGACGAAAUUCCGAACACUUGUGAAUGUAAUGCGUAGAUACGACGCAUAUGACAACAAAACGCUUGAACUAUAAAUUUCAGCGACGGACAGAAUUGAGUGGUGUGGCAAUACAAUUUAAACAAAAAUGGACAAGUGGGUAGGAAAAGUCGCUGUGGUUACGGGUGCGUCGUCUGGGAUCGGUGCAGCUACGUGUAGGCGACUGGUUGAUAGCGGGAUGAUCGUUGUCGGGUUUGCCAGGAGAGAAAACAGACUCGAGGAAUUACGAGAAACAUUGACUGGCAAACCAGGCGAGUUCCAUUACUACAAAGUAGAUUUGUGUUCGGAACAAAAUAUUCGAGAAGCUUUCGCAUGGGUAAAAAACAAGUUGAAAUCGGUUGACGUAUUAGUUAACAACGCUGGAGUAUGGAAAAAUUGUGACGUUUUAGGAAACACACAAGACUGGAAAUUGAUGUUUGACACUAACGUGUUAGGACCAAGCAUUUGCAGUAAAGAAGCUGUGAAGAUCAUGAAGGAAUUUGAAAUCAACGGUCAUAUAAUAAAUAUAAAUAGUGAUAGUGGCCAUUAUCCACCAACGUUAAUGGCCAACAUGUCUGUCUAUAGCGCGACCAAGUUCAGUAGCGUUUCAAUAACUGAAAGUUUACGAGAACUGCUGGCCUUACAAAUGUUACCAAUCAGAGUCACUAGUAUCAGUCCGGGAUUAGUGGAUACCGAAAUGGUUGAUGAUAUGACCACAGCGAUCAACACAUCACCAAUGCUGAAGCCCUCAAAUAUAGCUGAUGCAAUUGUAUAUGCUUUGUCUGCACCGCAAUACGUUAACAUUUCCGAAAUUCUUAUUCGUCCAACAAGUGAGACAAUGUUACCAUUUAUUAAGGAUGCGUUUCAAGAACUAAAUAUUAGUUUAUAAUAAAAUUGUACACGACGUUUAUUCGCUAAUCAAUAGAUAUAAUAUUUAACGUACUUAUACAGUUAUACGGCGUAUUUUAAUGUAAAUCGUAUAGGUGUAUUUUAUUUCAUUUUGGAAUUGUGUUUAAAUAUUAAUUUUAUAAACUUA